UUAAAUGUAUAAAAUCUUAAGAUUUGUUUGAUGAUUAAUUAAUAAAAUGAUAAAUCUUAAGAGUAUGCUUUAUGUUGCAGAUAAUUCAGGUGCACAAAUAGCAGAAUGUAUUAAUGUAUUAAAAUCAGGAAAAUAUGCAAAAAUAGGUGAUGAAAUUGUGGUAGUUGUUCAAAAAAUUCGAUCUAGUAGUGUGUCGACGGGGUCAUUAAAUACAAAUAGGAUUCGUAGGGGAGAUAUUAAACAUGCAAUAGUUGUUAGAACGAAGAAAGAAACAAGACGAAAAGAUGGAAGAUGUAUUCGAUUUGAUGAUAAUGCAUGUAUUUUAAUUAAUAAAAAAGAACCUAUUGGUACACGUAUUCUUGGUGCAGUUUCUGCAGAAUUAAAAUACAAAGGAUGGAAUAAAAUUCUUUCUUUAGCACAAAAAGUUGUUUAAUAUAUAGUAUAGAUAGAUGAAUUAUACUAAAAAAAAAAUACAUAAA